AUGUCCUACAUUCCCGUCAUUGUUGGCGUUGGUGACACCUGCAACCGUUCCUCUCGCAUCGAGGAUGCUUAUGAACCCCUACAACUCAUUUUACAGAGCAUUCGACUCGCACUGAAAGACACGGAUCUGAACCACUCGAAACAAGAAAAACUCCAACGUGCAAUUGAUAGCAUCGACGUUGUACGAACGUGGACUUGGCCGUAUGAUGACCUGCCCGGAGAUAUCAGUCAGAACCUAGGGGUGGACGCGCGACGCCGAUUCUACACUGAGCAUGGUGGGAAUAAACCGGCCAAAUUGCUGGACGAUGCGGCAAGAAGGAUUUCAAAGGGAGAAACGAAAGUUGCGGUUAUCACGGGCGGAGAAGCGUUGGCAUCAUUAACUGCCUGUGUCGCUGCCAAAAAGGUCCCUCCGCCGGGAUGGACCAAAACCAAACAGAGUGUUGACUCUGUUUUUUCUGCUACCGACCGAGAUCUUGGAACAAACGUUGGAGCCGUCCACUCGAUCGGAGCACCGAUCCACGUCUACCCGUUGUUCGAGAACGGCUUCCGCGCCCAUCGCGGCCAAACGAUAUCUCAAAAUAACGAAGAAUCCAGUCAAAUGUACGCCGAAUUCGCCAAAGUGGCAGAAAAACAACCUUAUGCUUGGAAUUAUGGCAAAAAGAGUGCCGCCAAAGAAGACAUCGGGACGGUGACGAAGCGGAAUCGGAUGAUUUGUUUCCCAUAUCCACUGUUGAUGAACGCAUUCAACACCGUUAAUCUUUCAGCUGCCGUCAUCUUGACUUCAGCAACGUAUGCCGAGGAAAUGGGGAUUCCGAAGACGAAAUGGAUUUACCCAGUCGGCGGUGCAGGGACGCAGGAUAGUCCAAAUUUCUGGGAACGACCGAACUAUUUCUCGAGUCCGUCGAUUGAGCGUUCCAUCGACGCAGGCCUGAGAGUAUCUGGUCUGGUCAAGGACGACAUUGACUUGUUCGAUUUUUACUCAUGUUUCCCUAUCGUUCCGAAAGUUGCAGCAUCACAUCUCAACCUCCCAAUUACCCACGGCCACAGAGCUCUCACACUCCUCGGAGGCCUGACGAGCUUCGGUGGAGCGGGAAAUAAUUAUUCCAUGCACGCAAUAACUGAAAUGACACGCCAACUACGCAAAGGCCAAGGCCGACACGGCCUGAUCCUAGCAAAUGGCGGUGUCAUGACCUAUCAGCAUGUGAUUUGCCUUUCGACAAUGCGUCGACGAAGCGACUCUCCGUACCCUGAGCAGCCACCGUUGCCGGAAUAUGUGACGGAUCUUCCUGUCCCGAUAGUCGAUGCGAAAGUCGAAGGCGAUCAGGAGGCUACGAUUGAGACAUACACGGUCGAAUUUGCCCGCGACAACACACCACUGCGUGCAUACAUUGUUGGCCGCCUAACGAGCAAUGAUCAUCGGUUCGUUGCCAAUCAUGCGGACGAAGAGACAUUGCAGAAUAUUUCGUCGGGACCAGAAGAGAAGAUUGGCCGCGUGGGACGAGUGAGGAAUGAUGGAACGAGGAAUUUGCUCACGCUGAAGAGGGAUGCCAUUGGCAAGUUAUAA